AUGACAAUGGAAUAUGAAGAAUGGAAAGAAAUAUUAAGUGCAAUCGAUAAGGAAACAAUUAAUGGACAAAGAUACAUUUGGCUGUUAAGAAGUCAUAUUGAUAUAGUGAAAAAUCCGUUAGAAGGAAAUGUCAAUGUAGAUGAUGAUGAAGAUAAAUGCACUCCUUCACAUUGUAUCAAGGGUGCACAGGCAACGGAGACUCUAAUAGAAGCAGGCGCAAAUGUUAAUGCAGACGAUAAAGAUAAAUGCACUCCCUCACAUGUAUCACGGGCGUACAGACAGCAGAAACUAAUAGAAGCAGGGGUAUCGGGCCAGAAAUUAUGGAAGCGGUACUGUCGAUGCUGCGCGAAGCAGAGGCAAAGAUUUCAAUAG